ACACACAGAGGAAUAGAGAAUGAGAUGAGGGGAAGAGACGAGUGAGGGAAGAAGUUGAGAAGAGGGAGUGAUUUGCAAAGAGGAAGAGAAAAACAGCUGGUAGGCUUCGGCUGGUAAAAACAAUGGGAGGGGCAGGAGCUGACACGACAGACGCUGUGUUUUAGUUUCUUUGUGGAAUAACAAGAGGCUCCUGUACAGUCUCUUCUCUGCAAGCUUCUGGAGGCUGUUAAGUUCCCUUUUCUUGCGCCUCUUCUUGCAAUAUCUCCUUUCCUUCCUUUCCCUUCCCUUCCCUUUCCUUCUUUUUAUCUUUCUAUCUUUUCUCUGGUUUCCACGCACCCACAGCUAUUUUCUAUAUGUGGAAAGUGCCAAACGACCCGGCGGUGACCAUGGAUUCCUUCAAGACCGUCCUGCGCUUCCUCACGGACCAGAAGGCCACCAUCGGCUACGGCUUCAUGGCCAUCCUGACCAUCGGCGGCGAGCGGAUCUUCUCCAUGGUCUCCUUCAACUGCCCCUGCAACCACAGCCAGAACUUCGCCUACGGCAUCACCUUCCUGCUGGGUCCGGCCGUGGUGCUCUUCACCGUGGGCCUGUUCGUCAGCAGCAGGCUCUGGAGGCUGUACACGGGCUGCUGCCUCAACCCCACGAAGCUGUGCCCGCGGGGCAACUGCUUGCACUGCUGCGCCAUGCUGCUGAAGAUCCUGGGAGGGGCGUGCGUGGCGCCCAUCAUGUGGCUGUGCGUGGCGCUGCUCAACGGGACGUUCUACGAGUGCGCGGUGAGCGGGCUGGACGACAACCUGGUGGUGCCUCUGCUGUGCAAGAACAAGACGCGGCUGUGCCGCGAGGAGCUGGCCAGGGUGCCGUGCGGCAGGUCCAAGCUGCCCACCAAUGAGAACAUGGAGCUGCUCCUCAUGUUCCGAGCACAGUCACAGAUCCUGGGCUGGGCCAUCAUCAUCACCGCAGCCGUGAUGGGUCUGAUCAGCACGUGCUACAGGAACUGCCGCUCUAAGGUGAGCUACUUGCAGCUGACCUUCUGGAAGCGCUACAUGGAGAAGGAGCGCGAGAAGUUCGACACCUUCGCUGUGGACUACGCCAACCAGCUGGCUGCCCGCAACAUGAAGAGCUUCUUCGAGAACAAAGCACCCGACUCCUUCCCCUUCCCCAAUCACCGGGCCUGGGAGGAGAUAUCGGAACUCUACACGUUUACGCGCAGCGAACAGUACUACAGUACCUUACAGCGCUAUGUGGAACGCCACGAUCGAGACUACAACCCGGAAAAGAGGCCCGUGCUGGAUAUGGAACAUGGCAUUGAGAUGACAUAGUUAGAGAGAGAGACCAUUUAGAGAGGCCAGAAUUUGGGCCAAGCGAUAUUCAGACACACCGCUAUUCAGACACCACCAGAUAUGCCAUAGGGUUAGGGUUAGGGUCAGGGUGAGGGUUAGGGUUAAGGUUAGGGUAACUGCAUGCACUCUCCCUGAACUGAAAAAACUGAGCAACAUAGCACAAACCACAGAAAUGGCAGAUUUCGGUGAGAAAUGUGCCGGUAUUCAGACAAUAGAUAUCAAUGUCUGAAUAGCGGCAUGUCUGAAUAGUGCGAUGUAACCGGCCAGAAUGCAUGUUUACAGUAAAAUGGCAAAACAGUCAGUUUCAAAACUAACUCAAGUUUUGAUUUCAAUUGCAGUUGUUUACUCAUGACAACUACAGUCAUUUUUUUGUAUUUUAUUAAGGAAAAUUCCUUUUCUAUUACUAGACAAUCAGAAAACGGUGUGUGUAGAGGCAGUAGAGAUGCCAGUAAAUCACAUGAUGUGGUUGCGAUCCUCAGGGAACAAUGGACCCUACUUCCUCUAUGCAGAUAGCACAGGACUCCAUAACCACAUACAUAGCGGAAGUGGCCACAAAUGCAGAAUCAGUACAGUCAUUGUGUAGAAUACUUACAUCCAAAGACAUCAAUAACGAUACACUGUAAGGUGUUGGAAAGACAGCCAGAAUAUGCUCAUGUUUAUUUUUUGUAUUUUAAAAAUCUGACAUGUCUCAAUUACUUUUUUGCCUCUUGUAUCACCAAAAAUGUCCCCAUUCACAUAUUGUGGUUUUUUUGUGUGCAUGUUUUUUGUUUUGUUUGGGGAAGAUCAGUUCUCUCAACGGUCAAGAGACCACUACAAUAGCAACCGUCUUUCACUACCAUUAAGACAUCUAAUUUUAAUGCUACUAAUGAUACUAAUCUGACAGUAAAAUACCAAACAUACACUUCACUUACAAUAUACUUUGAUAUCAAUACACUUGAAUAUGCAUGAUUUUUUUCCCUUUAAGAAUAACAAUGACUUGUGUUUGGUGUUAUUGUUUGACGUUG